GUUAAGACGAUGUUUGAAUUUCGAUUCUUUUUAUCGGUUCCUAAAUGCGCGCGCAUGAUUCCGGGGCGGGGUUUGUAUUACUCCGCCGCGUGCUCCGCUAAACAUCAGUUGUCUGAAGUUCGAACAUGGACCGCAAACGCCGCUCAAAAGUCUGGCUUCAUUUUAAUUUAAAAAAGGACGGCUUCGCACAGUGCAACACCUGCAAUAAACUUAUUACUGCCAAAGGAGGGUGCACAACAAACAUGAUAAAACACCUUCGCCUGCUGCAUGGUAUAACAAUUAACCAGUGUAGUGUGUUUGACGCGUUGCGUCGGUCUCGUGCUCCCGUCGCUUCCUCCACUUUGGACAGUCAACCAUCAGCUAGUAACUCCUCAUUGGAAACGGAAUCAGUUGUUGAACGCUCGCAGAGUGAUGCUAACGUUAACGUUAGCCAGUCUGAGCCUGCUGCUGCUGCUGCGGCUGCUGCUGCUACGUUAACCGGCCCGAGACCCCAGCCCGCAAAGAUACAACAAACUCCUUUCAGCAUGGCAGCAAGGGGAAAGCUGUCAGCGGAGCAAAUUGCUGAGUGCCACAGAAAAGUAACGGCGUAUGUGGUAAAAAGGCUGCAUCCCUUUAGCGACGUCGAGUCGCCCACAUUUAGGGAUAUGAUCCAUUCAAUAAACCCGAAGUACACCCCCCCUACAAGGGAGUGUUUAACUAAUAGAUUGAUCCCGGCAUGGUACCAGAUAGAAAAAUCUAAUCUGAUCUCAGAGCUGAGUGAGGUCAGUCACAUAGCUCUCACUUGUGAUGGCUGGACUAGCCUAACCCAAGACCACUACCUAACUGUCACAGUGCACUAUUUAGUGGAAAGCAACAUGAGGCAGAAAGUUCUCGCAACAAAAGCUGUGUACAGAGCCCAGACAGGAAUUGUCGUGGCAGAGGAAAUCGGCGACAUCCUGAAAGAAUUUGGCGUGUUUGAUAAAGUAGUAGCCGUUACUGUGGAUAAUGCGGCCAAUAUGGACGUAGCCAUCAAACGGCUGCAGUUUGUGAAGCUCGGCUGCUUCGCUCAUUCACUAAACCUAGCAGCACAAAGUCUGUACUCCAGCAGCUCAGUGGCUCAGUGGACUGCAAAGAUUCGUGCCAUCAUCGUCUGGAUGAAGAGGUCGUCCAUGGCGAAGGUGGUUCUACGGGAAGAGCAGGAUGUCCUAAGUAAGAAUCAAUGUCUUGAGUUUAAUUGGAUACCACAAGGAUCAAAUUAAAGUACUUUUAGUAGUGCACUGCACACAAUGUACAUUUAGCUGGUAUUAACAUUGGUAAAACAAUGCAACAUUACAUAAAUCUGUCUGAUUACACAAUAUCAAAGUUGCAUGUCAUAUUGAUGUCAAUUCUCUAUGUAUUUGUGAUUUUCUUGUUCAUGUCAGACCUCCCUCAACAUUCACUGAUUCUCGAUGUGAGAACAAGGUGGAAUUCUCUCUACCUAAUGAUGGAGAGAUUCCUUGAACAAUACCCUGCAAUACAAGCAGCCAGCUUGGACCAACGCCUGAGAAAGAAUAUGGAGAGGGACAGGUAGAGAUAGGAAGAUGUUAUAUAGGAUAUAAGAAUGAAAUUAGGCGUAAGAACGUGCAUAAGGUACUAAGGAAGAAGUUAGCACACUGGUUUGCUGUAUU